AUGCUGUCGGAAAUGUUGUUGCUUUUGUGUAUAUUGUCUGUCGCAUCGGUGCUCAGUUUUGAAGACAUGGUAACGAUGACAGUUUCGUGGCCUCACAACGCAAGUUGUAAGGGAAUACAAGGUGACCCGCGUGUUUGUCGGGCCCUAGCGGUUCUUGUGAAAGACGCAUUUUCGAGUCGCUGCAAAACAGUUACAGGGGACGUACGCGCAACUACCGCCGAAGCGUCUUGUCACUUGCAGUUUAAAAUUAAUGAAGAAACUCCUCUUUAUUACCUGUGUAAUGGCGAUACCGUGAGGGAGAUUAUGCAGAAGCAAGAGGACCUGCACCUACCUGCGCAUACCAAUGGAGAGCCCGACUGUAGCAAACUCCCUGCGCGUAUUGAGCUCAGUUCCGACAAGGACAGCAAAAACGCUGCUACCGUGUCAGCACCAGCAAAUACUGAGAAGGAAUCCAAAGGGAAACCUGAAGAGAGUCCCGCGACCGAAACAUCGGAUAACGUGACCGAAAAAACUGUCCCAGAGAAGCCGACCAUUAAGGGGCCACAGACUAAAAAUGAAAAAACAGUGGAUGUAAAGUCUACCGAGCCGCAGAGUAAACAAAACAGUGGAUCCAUGCGGUCCUUAUUCGGUGACCGUUGUUUUUUUAUUCCUCUUUUAUACAGCAUGUUACUUUGA